AUGCCCACUAGUCUCGUACGUCAUCGCACGUUCGGUUUCUUUUCGAGUGUUCCUCUGAGAGUACCUCCGGUGGUACCCGCGGUCUUUAUUUCAUCCCCACUCGGUCCUUCCGGUAUUUCCUCCCGUCUGGUAUAUAUACAGAUAAAGGCCCUCAUUCUUGCAAAUAUUCUAUCAGUAGGCUUCGCAACCUUCGGACAUGAGCACGUGCAUAUAAGGAUACAUUUGCCGGAGAUAUCGCAGCACCACGAAAAGAAAGUCAUACAUUAUGAGGAUCAUGGCGGAGGAGGUCAUGGAGGUGGAGACGGCGGAGAUCAUCAUAUAGACGUCUCCGGUCCCGGGGACAUAGGAGGAGGCCAUGGCGGAGGUUUUGGCGGAGGUUUCGGAGGAGGCCAUGGAGGUGGCUACGGAGGAGGUGGUGGUUUCGGAGGCGGUUUUGGAGGAGGUCAUGGUGGAGGUCACGGUGGAGGUCACGGUGGAGGACACGGAGGUGGUGGUGGUUUCGGAGGUGGUCACGACGAUAUCGGCGGAGGUGGAGAUGUCAUCAUAGAUCAUGGCGGUGAUCACGGAGGAGGCUUCGGUGGUGGCGGUGGAUUUGGAGGUGGCCAUGGAGGUGGAUACGGUGGAGGCGGCGGCGGGGGAGGUGGUAUCAUCAUAGAUCAUGGAGGACAUGGCGGCGGCGGCGGUUUUGGAGGUGGUCACGGAGGUGGCGGUUAUGGCGGCGGAGGUGGCGGAAUUAUUAUAGAUCAUGGAGGACAUGGCGGUGGCGGCGGUUUUGGAGGUGGUCACGGAGGUGGUGGUUACGGCGGCGGAGGCGGUGGAGGCGGUGGUAUUAUCAUAGACCACGGAGGACAUGGCGGCGGUGGCGGUUUUGGAGGUGGCCACGGAGGUGGCGGUUACGGCGGAGGAGGUGGCCAUGGAGGCGGCGGUAUUAUCAUAGAACACGAUGAUCACGGCGGCGGCGGCGGCGGCGGUGGUGGUGGUGGUUAUGGAGGUGGACAUGGAGGCGGUGGUUACGGCGGAGGCGGCGGUUUCGGAGGUGGUCACGGGGGUAGCGGUUAUGGCGGCGGAGGUGGCGGAAUUAUCAUAGAUCAUGGAGGACAUGGGGGCGGAGGGGGCUUUGGAGGAGGUGGUGGAUACGGAGGCGGACACGGUGGUGGUUUUGGAGGUGGCCACGGCGGUGGAUUUGGGGGAGGAGGUGGAUACGGUGGUGGCUUUGGAGGUGGUCACGGAGGAGGCGGUGGAUUUGGUGGACAUGGCGAUUUGGGGGGCGGACACGAUAUCGGUGGCGAUGAUCAUGGCUCCAGCGGUUAUGGCAAUAGUAUCUCAUCUGGAUUUGGUAGCAGUGGCCAUGGCGGAAGCAGUUACAGUUCUGGCGGUGGCUUCGAUUCCUAUUCAAGCGGCCACGGUGGUGGAGGCGGCGGCGGCGGCGGCGGCGGUGGUGGUUACGGUGGAGGUCAUAGUGGUGGUUUCUCCGGUUACCACAAAAAGAAAUAA